AGUUCAUUCGCAUUGCAGAGUCGAAACAACUUCACGCAAGUAAACACGUUGAGCUGGUUAGUUGCGGUUUGUAAUUCUGAAUUUCCAGCCGAAAUUGUUCGCCAAACUACAAUGUCGUCGACGGAAACAGCACCAGCCGAAACAAUGAACGUGUCAGUGCCGCUCGUUCUUGAGGAUGACCUGGAACAUGGGGCAACUGAAAUCGAAUCCAUGUGCAUGAAUUGCCAUGCCAAUGGUACUACCAGGCUGUUGUUGACCCAGAUCCCUUUCUAUAAAGAGGUGGUGAUUAUGUCCUUCAGCUGCGAUCAAUGUGGCUUCCAGAACAAUGAAAUACAACCGGGUGGCGAAAUUGCUCCCCAAGGCAUUCGCAUUAGUGUGCGCUUGGAAACGGUCAAAGACUUGAACCGUCGCGUUGUUAAGUCUGACUAUUCCAGCGUACGCAUUGAGGAGCUUGAUUUUGAGAUUGCAGCUCAAUCGCAAAAAGGCGAAGUUACCACGAUCGAGGGUAUUGUUGAUCGAGUGAUACGAGGACUAGAACAGGACCAGCCAGUUCGUCGAAUACAACAUCCAGAGGCGGCUGAACAGAUUGAACAGUUUGUCACCAAGUUGAACGAGCUUAAGGAAAUGAAAAAUGCAUUUACGAUAACAAUCGAGGAUAUAUCUGGAAAUAGCUUCAUAGAAAAUCCGCUUGCUCCUCAAAGGGAUUCCAAAACGACCAUCUCUCAUUUUAAGAGAACGAAAGAGCAGAAUCAUUUAUUGGGAAUCUUUACUCGCGAUGAAGUUACUACUGAUGAUGGAAAAGGACCUUCAAAUAUUGCUGAGGAAGAAAAAGAAAAUAAACUUUUGAAACCGAUUGCAGAAGGCUCAUGGCCCCUAGAAGAGCUUCAAGGAGAGGUUUUGCAAUUUCCUACCAACUGUCCGGAGUGCAAAGCCGAUUGCGUAACAAAUAUGAAAUUAACAACUAUACCACACUUCAAAGAGGUUGUGAUAAUGGCUACGGUUUGCGAUAACUGUGGUCUUCGUACCAACGAAGUGAAGCCUGGGGGAGGAAUAGAGGAGAAAGGGGUCAAAAUCGAAGUAACGGUCCGUGGAAGAGUUGAUUUCUCGAGAGACGUUUUGAAAUCUGAGUCUUGUGGUUUGUAUAUACGGGAACUUGACUGCGAGGUUGGUGGUGGAGCCUUAGGUGGUAGAUUCACCACUAUAGAAGGACUGCUGACAGCCAUGAAAGAGCAACUAGUUGAAGGUUCCGGAAUGUUUAUGGAUUCUAACGACGAAGAAACCAAACGUCGUUUGGAUGGGUUUUUCGGACAACUGGAUGCAGCCAUAGCUGGGCAACAGCAACUAACUAUCGUGCUAGACGACCCCACUGGGAACAGUUACGUACAAUCAUUGAAUGAUGAUGGCACGCCGGAUGGAGCUUUGAGAAUUUUCCGAUAUCAUAGAUCCCACGAUCAAAACGAAGAGCUAGGAUUGAAUGAUAUGAAAACAGAAAACUACGGCGAAGAAGCUCUUACAGAAACAUCGGAAUCAAGUUAAGUAACGUUUCAAAGGUUGGUUGAGUUGAAAUUUUUUUAACGAAUAUAUGCUAUAAAUUUA